UAGUUGUAAGUUAGUCGGCCUAGCUGUGAUGCCGGACUUUUCGGACAUCCGGCUGCGAUGCCCGACCUGUCGGACAUCCGGCUGUAAUGCUCGACCUCUCGGAUAUUCAGUGCGUCUAAUCGGUGACGUCACCUCCUUCUACAGCGGCUUCCUCUUCACGGCGCCCAAGUUGCUACAGGCGGGCACCAACGAGCGCGUCUGCGUCACGCUUUUCAACCUGCCCGGGCCGGGGCGGAACGUAACCUUCACUUUCUCGCUCUAUAACGGGAAUCCCUAUGUGCUGGUACACCAGAUACCGGACAAUGUUGAUGGUGAGUCCUAUGUGCUGGUGCACCAGAUACCGGACAAUGUUGAUGCUGAUGGCAAUCACUGUUUCUAUCUGCCCCUGCCCCGCACUGCGGUCUCACGGCACAACGACCUGGAUUUCAACAUUGCCAACGCUGCGGGGCUGCGCUUCUCAGACUCAGCCGAGGUGAACAUCUACAGCUCCACGCUGGUGACGCUGAUUCAGACGGACAAGCCUCGAUACCGCCCAGGGGAUAAAGUCCUGAUUCGUAUCAUAUCCCUUCGACAAGACCUCACUCCCGUCGUCGAGAACUUUCCUGAGGUGUGGGUGGGCACGCCAGACCGCAUCCGCAUCGCCCAGUGGAAGGACAUCAAGACCAGUGGAGGCCUGAUUCAGCUGGAGGUGCAGCUGACCGAGGAGCCGCCCCUGGGCAGGUGGACUAUCAACGUGGAGACCUCUAGACGAUUUGAAACCAAAGCUUUUAUUGUGGAAGAGUAUGUGCUGCCGACUUUCGAGGUCAAGGUCAAGAGCCCAGAAUACCUGCUUCCCGGAGAGAAGACUGUCACCGUCGACGUCUGUGCCAAGUACACCUUCGGCAAACCCUUGAUUGGGGCCAACGUGACGGUGAACGUGACGGGAUCGAGAGGCCGUGACAGCAGUGUCAGCAACAGCCUCACGACGGACGAGGCAGGUUGCAGCUCAUCAGAUCUGGUUGUGAAUAAACUGAAGUUCGGUCCUCUCGAUAGAGCCACCAUUAACGUCACUGUGGAGGAGUUUGGCACGGGUCUCAGCCAAUCAGAGACAAGCUCCCUGAGCAGAGAGUUCUCCGAAUUCUCCUCGGUCACCAUUCCAGACAACACCCAGCUGUUCAUCAAGCCCGGCCUGCCCUACUACGGCCGGUUCCACGUCAAAGACCGCGAUGGCACACCGUUCGCCAAAAAGACCGUGUCGGUGUGCUACGUCGCCAACUAUAAGGAGAGACCUGUCAUACAGAGCGGGGCGGAUCCCAGGAAGACCCCUGAUGAUGCCUUAUUUGACGCUUAUAAAAGGCACUCGGAGCGCGUGCAGGCCGAGUUCGGCUACAUGCCGCUGAUCUGGGAGACGGAGGAACCGGAGACCUUUCCAACGGCCCGUCAGUGCCGCAGCUUCACCACCGACAGCCAGGGCCGCGUCGUUUAUCUCAUUCCGCCGCAGGCGUCGCUCGUGGACAGUGUGGAGGUCAAGCUGUACUCGAUAGCCGGCCGCGAGGCUAUCAGGCACGAACUCGUGGCCUUUCUUCUCCCCCUCCAACUCCUACCUCACCAUCGACGUCCACCUGCUGCCCGACGAGCUGCCAUGCCACGGUGACGUCACCGUCCAGCUGCUGACGUCACUGGAGACGGACGUGCCACCAAUGGUGUACCAGGUAAGACGCUGACGUUAUGGGCAUUCGUGAUGACGGUACUGGGCGAAGAGCGUCUCAAACGCCUAACGUCUCACAUUAAUGAUUUUCAUAAUCGGGCAACAGGAUUUUGCUGAGAUAGAAAAUCAGCAUCCAUGCCAGAUGCCCUAAUAUUUCGUUACAGCUCUCCCACCG